AUGACCACAGCUCAAGACAUUUCCCUCAUAGAGCUGAUCCGUCAGGCGGCUCUGUCUGCGCAGAGAAAGAGAAGUGAAAGGGGCAUUACGGAAGCUAGAUAUGGCGUUAACGAGGUAAUUAUUCCUCGACCAGUAGGCUGGACUGUGCCUGCCCGCGACGGUCCACAGGCGACCAAACCAUUCCUCAUUUACCAGGAUCCCACAGCUGGGUACCAAUCUCCGCCCCUGCCAGCAGAAGCAAGAAAACCGGUUGACGAACACGUCCAUCUGCUGGCCAGCGAUGACAAGGAGAACGUAGCCGUGGAUAUGGACGAGAAUGAGGAAGUGGAGGAUAUUCCCGAGCAAGAUGUUUACGUGCAGGAUAAUAUGGUUGCAGAGGCGGAGAAUAUUGUCGAGCUUGCCGCGAUGAAUGACGGGUGGAAUAUAUGGACGUUGAGGAACAGGCCACAUGAGGGAGAGUAUGGGUAUGAGUACGGGAUUGCGGAGAAUGACCACAGGCAUGGCUUAGAUUUUCAGGCCGGAGAGGGACAUAGGUUGCAGCACAACCAACAACAGGGGCAUCAACCGGAGAUGGAGAUCAAUGUCGAUGUUGGCGGGUCAUUGGAGGCGAGUCCGGUUCGGUCUCAGCGGGCGCAUUCGAAUUCCAUUGUUAUUCGGGCAUCAGCAGGACAAGCGAUCUUGCAGGGUUUGCAUCUGAGAUACCCGUAUCCCCACUCUAUAUCGGUAGGGAGUAGCAAGAAGGGGCUGCUAGCAUCAGCUGCAGAUGGACACCAACAGCCGCCCACGUUGUUCGCGCCAGUUGCCGGGGAAAAGAAAAUGGAGGUAAAAAACACCGAAACGAGGACCGAAGGGGAAAAGAAGAGGUUUUCUCCCAUUGAUAUCCGAACAAGCGAAGGGUAUUUCAAAUCGACAAAAUAA